GCAAGACGACGAGGGUGGCUGCUGCCCUCCUGUUUGGGGGGAGGGGCCCCCACAGUGAGGGGCAGAGGGGGGCGGGGGCCUCGCCGUCUCCCUCCUGAGGUAAAUCUCCUUCCCCGCCGACCCGCCCUUCGGGGCCUCCAACCCGUCGGCCCCUGCCGGUCCAAGCCGGCCCGCUACGUACCGCGGCGGCGCUCCCCCUCUCUGCUCGGGGCCUCCUCACGAGUCGGCGGGCCGGCAGCUGGCCCUUGCCCCCACCCACCUCCGCGUCGCGCGGAUUCAAACGGCGCCCCCUCCCGAUUGGCUGCCGUCGUCUCGCGGCCCUCGCGCGCGCCAGCACCGGGGGGGUUAAUGACGAGGAGAAUGAGAGAGAGAGCCCACACCCUGGCAAAAGCGGCGACGUCGAGCGCUUCGAUUCCAGCAGCAAAGAACUACAUUUCCCGGCGGCCCCCGCCGGAGCAGAAGACUACUCUUCCCGGCAGCCUCCGCGGCGCCUCCAGGUUGGGCAGGGGAGGCUCCGGCAGUGUGUUUCUGUUGCCGUGGCAACCGCCCCGCCUUUCCCCCCCCCCCGUUCCAAUGUGCGAAGCGGGGAGAGAGAGAGAGCGCGAGGGGCGAAGCGGCGGCGAUGACAUGCUAACUGAGGAGCCACGCCCCGGUUUAAAGCCCAUCAAGCGGUCAGAGGGGGGGCGGCUGCUGACCCAGGCCAUCUGGCUCAACAACAACACACUUGGCGAGUUGACUGACUUCACAGACAUCAUGGCAAAGCUGCUGGAGUAUCCCGAUGAUAUCUACUGGAUUGAUCUCUCCUUCAAUGACCUGGCCAACAUUGACCCGGUGCUGACCACCUACUACAACCUUCACAACCUCAACCUUCAUGGGAACGCUAUUCAGCAGCUGUCUGAAGUCGACAAACUGGCUGUGCUUCCACACCUGCGCAGCCUAACGCUGCACGGCAACCCCAUUGAAGAGGAGAAGGGCUACAGGAGCUACGUUCUGUCUACCUUGCCCAACUUGAAGUCCUUCGACUUCAGCGGCGUCACAAAGCUUGACCGCACGACGGCUGCCGUAUGGAGACGGAUGAACAUCAAGCCCAAGGUGGUCCGGAAGAGACGGGAUGACUAUUGAACACCAUGCCCCUCUGCUUCCCCCAUUGGCAGGGAGAGGGGGCUUUUGCCAUCUGCACCCUCAUUUAGGAAUAAAGCAUUAGAACAGCCUUGCAUGGCAGAGUGUGGAUGGCAACAAGAGCCAGAGGCCCACUUGUGGAGGGGAGCGCGCUCCGGGUGAGCAGCACUUUGAGCAGUUUCUCUGUAACGUAGAUGUGCCAAACAGCCUUAGCCUUCUUGCGUACGGAGAUACAUCAUGGGUGGGGAACCUGUGGGCCCCCAGAUGUUCCAGCUGGUAAGAGCCCCAGCUAGCAUGGAUGAUGGGAGUUGUGGUCCAACAUCUGGAGGGCCACAGAUUCCCUGCCCCCCAAUAAACGUAUCUGCAUCUGCCACACAAAUUGGGAAAACACUUGGUGUUCACAAUUGGGAACCAAAGCCCGUGCAUCACCUGGUUGCUUACACAGGAAGUAGGGGAGGCAAGCACCCAAUUAAACCCUGGGUCACUUUUGAAAAAAACUGUUGGGGAGGGCAGGGACAGAAGAGACCCCCCUGAAUGACCAAGUAAAGGGAGGAAUAAGGCUUACUUUUCACAGCACCUGCCCCACCCCACCCCACGGCUCGGGGUUAUCCUAUUUCACCAUUACAAAACAGAAUUGCCACAAUCUAUAUAUUGUUUAUCCUGGUUACCACAUGGAUUUGACACCUACACCAAGAGGCAGCAGCGCUACCAUAGAGCCAUCCUAAGACAGUUUUGAAGUAGAGGCCAAAAAAAGGCCACAGCCCCUUGCCACCUGCAUCUAAAUCAGCAGGAAAGGAGCUGUCAGGCCCACUUUUUUCUGCACUAGUUUAGUGCAGGGGCAGGCAGCAUGUUGCCCUCUGCUUAAUUUCGGAAGCCUUUUGCAAGCAAGUGGUUGUCCCUCACCACCCCCAGCUGUGGCUCCUGUUCUGACAGUUUCCCACCAGGGAAUGCAGCAGGAAAAUGGCUGCCCCUCACCCUCCCUGCCAGAGCACAGGCUUUGCAUGCAGGAAGCCUCAAAUCCAAUCCUUAGCAUUUCAAACUCCCAGUAAAUGACAGGAAAGACCUCUCUCUGCCAGAUACCCCGGCAGAACUGCUCCUGGUCAAUGCUGGACUGAAGAGAUGCUAUAAAGCAGCUUUAUGUUCCUUGUACGGCUCCCACAACACCCUUUCGGUGACGUUUGUGCAGCCAGUGGGUUGUGUGCACCGUUAUGUAUUUUCACUGGCAUUCACAGACUUCUCAUCCAACAAAAACUUGCCCAAAUGGUCAGCUCUCUGGUUCUGCUGACCUUGGAACAGUACCCAGGUUCAGUCGCCUUGCCUUGCCUUGCCUUACACUAGGGCUGCCGGCUAAUCUCCCUCCAAGUCCGCAUGUGGCAACCCAGGCAGCAGCCCACACACCCACUCACUUGCCAAGUCAUUCAUUGCCCUUUGGCCUAACGGUGAUGAGGAGCACCUGCUUUCCUCUCCAGAUUGGAGCUGAGGUCGGGGGCACAGAGGGUCACUGCAACUGCACUGAGCCUGAGAAGGCAACAACAUCACAACCCCCCCCCCCGCAAGAACAGCUGGAGCAACAAUCCUCCCAAAGAGCAGAGCAGCAUUUGCAAAUCCUUGGGGCUUGGGGAAUGUGCCUACUUGGCCAAUGAAGGGGUGUCGCUCCUCUGGCUGGACUUCAGGGCAGAGCAAGGAGGCAGGGGAGGGCAAGCUGCCUGGCAUCCGGCCGCCACGUGGACUCUGUUGCCAACCCCACCAUCCACAAGGCACUUCCGAGGCAGUGCCGUCCCUGCAAUCCUUCCAGGGAUCCCAAAGACAACUGUGCCCUCCCCUUGCCCCUUACAGAACCAACAAAAAGAAGAGCCUUCUGCUUGGAUGAAUGUAUUUAUAUUUUAAUCUACUUCAGCAAAAAAAAAUUAACAAAAAUUAAAACAAGAUGACCGUUCAGCCAUGUAAAAGAGAGUGGAGGGUGAGACCCCAGGAAGAGGGACUGCUGCCUCCCACUCACCCCCAGCAAGUUGCUCUUCAACUAUUGUGCUGCAUCCUCCCUUUUUUUAAAAAAAGAAGAUCCAACGCACUCUGCACUGGCUCUUCCACCCGCCAAUCCUAAAAAAUACCCCACACGUGCUGGCAGCAAAGGGCAAGCGAUGCAGGGAAACCCAAGUGGGAAGCGACAAGCAGCCGCCCACAUGGCAACUCCUCUUCCUCCUUACCCCCUCCCACUCCCACCGGUCAGAAUUUGAGAGCCUUAACAGGGAAAAAAGUGAAUGAAGGAAACCAUCACAGCUGCCCCUCUCCCCCCCCCCAAUACACACAGCUGUGGGCUACAGGCUUCCCGCUGGCAUCCACUUUGGCCCAAAGAGCCACACUUCUUUAGGAGCUGAGCUUAGUGUUCAGGGCUUGCCCCCUCUCCCACUCCUCCAUUCAUGUGCUGGCUUGCCCAAACAUGACCCCAACACACACGAAAAAGCAGGAGUAGGAAGAGGGGAGACGUGUGGGUAGGAUCAGCCCCUCGGGGGGGGGUGAAGGGGAAGGUGGCAAUCCAUAGGUUACUGUCUCUGUGGCAAGUUGUAGGGAAUUCAGUGUAUUGUCAAUAUCUGUACAAGUCCCACUGUGGUGACAAGCCAAUUGUGGUGAGGAAAGAGAGGAAGAUGAGGGGUAAAAUAUAUAUAUAUGAAGAUGAAUGAAAAGCAGCCAUCAGGGGAUCCCAAACUGUACAACCAGUUCUUCUUUCGCAUCCACUCGGAUCUGGGAGAGGGCGCUGUAGGCAUAUGCAGCUAUCCGGGAGACCUGGG